AUGGAGGAGGAGGAGGAGUCGCGAGGAAAGACGGAGGAUUCGGGCGAAGAGCGGGGCGAUGGUGCCCCGGACAGAGACCCCACGCUUUCUCCUUCUGCCUUUAUCCUGCGCGCCAUCCAGCAGGCGGUGGGGAGCUCCCUGCAGGGGGACCUGCCCAACGAGAAAGAUGGCUCCCGGUGUUACGGCCUUCGGUGGAGGCGCUGCCGGAGCCCACGGUUAGAGCCUCGUGCUCAGGAAUCAGGAGGGACUGACACGGCUACUGUGUUGGACAUGGCCGCUGACAGCUUCCUCGCGGGGCUGGUGAACGUCCUGGACCCCCCGGACACCUGGGUGCCCAGCCGCCUGGACCUGCGGCCUGGCGAAAGCGAGGACAUGCUGGAGCUGGUGGCCGAGGUCCGCAUUGGGGACAGGGAUCCUGUCCCUCUGCCCAUGCCUAGCUUGCUGCCCCGUCUCCGGGCCUGGAGGACGGGCAAAACGGCGUCCGCGCUGUCGGGCAGCGAGCGGGACAGCCGCCGGCGGGGCGCCGUGCCCCCGUCCAUCCAGGACCUCACGGACCAUGACCUCUUCGCCAUCAAGCGGACCAUCACGGUGGGCCGGCCCGACAAGUCCGACCACCGGGGCCCCUCGCCGGCGCCCGCGGCGUCGCCCAAGCGCGAGGUGCUGUACGACUCGGAGGGACUGAGCGGCGACGAGCGCGGCGGCAAGAGCAGCGACAAGGACCGGCGCCGGGCGGGGGCCGCCGCCUCGUCCUCCCGCGACAAGGGCUCCCGCAGGAAGGCCCUGGACGGGGGCGAGCGGGACCGGGACAGGUCCUCCAAGAAGGCCCGCGCCUCCAAGGACUUGGUCCCGUCCUCGGGGCCCCCGUCCAAGCCGGCGCUCAGCAGCGGCUCGGGCUCGUCGUCGUCGUCGUCGUCCUGCUCCUCCCGGAAGGUGAAGCUGCAGUCCAAGGUGGCCGUGCUCAUCCGCGAGGGCGUGAGCAGCACCACCCCGGCCAAGGAGGCCGCGUCCACCAGCCUGGGCUCCAUCGGCGUCAAGUUCAGCCGGGACCGCGAGAGCCGCUCCCCCUUCCUCAAGCCCGACGAGCGGGCCCCCACCGAGGUGGCCAAGGCCGUGGCGGGCAGCACCAAGGCCAAGAAGACCAAGGUCAAGACCAAGGCCGGGGCCAAGAAAGCCAAGGGGACCAAGGGGAAGACCAAGCCAUCCAAGACCCGCAAGAAGGUGCGGAGCGGAGGGAGCGCCGGGGGUGGCGGCCCCGUGACGCUGAAGAAGUCCAAGGCGGACAGCUGCAGCCAGGCCGCGGGGACCAAGGGUGCCGAGGAGACGUCCUGGUCCGGAGAGGAGCGCGCAGCCAAGGUGCCCAGCACCCCGCCCCCCAAGACGGCCCCCCCGGCCCCCACGCUCACCCCGGACUCCCAGACCGUGGACAGCAGCUGCAAGACGCCCGAGGUCUCCUUCCUGCCUGAAGAGGCCAGCGAGGAGGCCGGGGUUCCAGAUGGGGCUGAGGAAGAGGAGGAGGAGGAGGAGGAAGAGGAGGAGGAGGAGGAAGAACAGCAGCCUGCCACCACCACGGCCACCAGCACAGCCGCGGCUGCCCCCAGCGCCGCCCCGAGUGCGGGCUCCACCGCUGGCGACUCCGGGACCGAGGAUGGGCCGGCCACCCGCGUCCCCCAGCUGCCCACGCUGCCCCCGCCCAUGCCUUGGAACCUGCCGGCCGGUGUAGACUGCACCACGAGCGGGGUCCUGGCCCUGACCGCACUUCUCUUCAAGAUGGAGGAAGCCAACUUGGCCAGUCGAGCCAAGGCUCAGGAGCUAAUCCAGGCCACCAACCAGCUCCUCAGCCACAGGAAGCCCCCUUCGGGUCUGGGGGUGACCCCAGCUCCUGUACCCACCUCUCUGGGCUUGCCCCCUGGUCCUUCCAGCUACCUGCUCCCCGGCAGCCUCCCCCUGGGGGGCUGCGGCUCCACGCCACCCACCCCCACGGGGCUGGCUGCUGCAUGUGACAAGAGGGAGGGCAGCAGCAGCUCCGAGGGACGAGGGGACACUGACAAGUAUCUGAAGAAGCUGCACACUCAGGAGCGGGCGGUGGAGGAGGUGAAGCUGGCCAUCAAGCCGUACUACCAGAAGAAGGACAUCACCAAGGAGGAGUACAAGGACAUCCUGCGGAAGGCUGUCCACAAGAUCUGCCACAGCAAAAGUGGGGAGAUCAACCCGGUGAAGGUGAGCAACCUGGUGCGGGCCUACGUCCAGCGCUACCGCUACUUCCGCAAGCAUGGCCGCAAGCCUGGAGACCCUCCUGGCCCCCCGCGGCCACCCAAGGAGCCGGGACCCCCUGACAAGGGCGGCCCAGGCCUUCCCCUGCCCCCCCUCUGA